AUGUCUGUACCCAACUCUAGAAGGAGAAUGGAACCUGCAUUGGAUGACCUGCUGAAACAUUUGAAGAUACGAGAAGAUGAGGACCAAGGUAUUGUGUUGGAGGAGGAUAUAGAGGAACUCAAAGCUGGGGCGCGUUGGACAGCUUUAGCCAAGGUCUUGUCCCUAAAACCUUUCAGUCAUGCUGCUUUCUUAGCUAACAUGAAGUACGCAUGGAGUUUAGCAAAGGACUUUAGUUUUAAGGCUAUCGAUGAAAAUCUUUUUGUGCUCCAAUUUUCUUGCCUGGGUGAUUGGUGCAAGGUGCUGGAUGAUGGACCAUGGCUUUUUAGAGGAAAUCCUAUGCUUUUAGAGGAAUACGAUGGCAUCAGAAAACCUUCCUCUGUUAAAUUCCAGAAUCUGAAUAUCUGGGCACGGGUUUAUGACUUACCUACUGGAUUCAGAACAAAAAAUAUUGCGCGUCAGAUUGGAGAAAAAAUUGGUGAAGUUCUGAAGGUGGAUUUGGGUGAUGAAACUAGUGGGUGGCGGGAUUAUUUACGCAUCAGAGUAAAGCUAGAUAUUACAAAGCCACUAACGAGGAUUGUCUAUGUAUCUGUAGGAGAUAAAAGACGCUUACCUUUUCGUGUAAAAUAUGAGAGACUGCCAAAGUUCUGUGCCGUUUGUGGGCUGUUGGGUCAUAUUGAUUCUGAAUGUGGUGAUGGCGUGCAUGACAUUACAGCCUAUCAGUAUGGAGAUUGGUUGAUUGCAAGCCCAGAAAGGAAAGGAAGAUUGAAGGAGAGUAGAUCAUCAGAUUCAGCAAAUACAAGGGAAUCAGACCCUAAGGACCUAGGCAAGACCUUAGCUCAUGAAAGUAGCAAUGAGCCUAGAAGUGAAGAUAGCAAUCUGAGCAUCUAUGCUGAUGAUAAUGUUGAUCUCAAGGAUAAUGAAAGGAGCACGCUGAAAAGAAAUCUAGAACGAAAGCGGCUUUCCCUAGGAGAAAUGGAAGAUAAUAAUAAGCUGCCUUUAGCUCUUGUUCCAACCACUAUACAAAAGGAAGAUGUGAGCGACAAACUUUUGAAUGGUCGUGGCUCAAAAAGGCUAAGGAAGGAAACUGGAAAUGGAGAUCAGGAUGACAUAGAGAUGAAAACGGCGGGCUCCCAUGAGGAGUACCGCCGAGAACAAUGA